AUAGCCCACCGGGACGUGGCGCAGCACACGAGCCACUUCCGAGUUGGAAGGAACUCCAAGUCCCAGGAUGCCGUGGGGGCUAUGUGCAUCACUUCCGUUGUGUUGGAAGCUUAGUAGAAUAGAAGCUGGGGGAGGUGGCUGUGGUUUAGGGUGACCACUGGGCCUUCAACCUUGUAUCCCGGAGUAGAGUGACUAAGAUAUCCCAAAUGGAUCCUGGUGGUCAGGACCUUGUGGCUUUGGAUCCUGGUGAUCAGGACCUGCUGGGCUUUCUGCUAGAGGAAAGCGGAGAUUUGUGGGCUGCGACCGAGCAGGACGUGGAGGCUCCGCUGGACUUGGAGCUGCCACCUUCCGAGAACUCCGUGCAAGCACUGAACGACUGGGAGAUAGAGGAUUUACUGAGCUCUCUGCUCAGUCCCUCGGCAUCGCUGGAUGGUCUCAGCUCCUCCAUCUCUUCUAUUCGACAUGAUCACAACUACUCCCUCCCACAGGAGCAUGUUGCCAUAGAUCUAGAUAUUGGGAGCUUUGAAAAGGAGGGGUUCCACGUGACUCCACUGAGUGUGGGGGAAACAGCUACAGAGCAGGAGAUUUCUAGGCUGAUACUGACUGAGGAAGAGAAGAGGCUCUUGGAGAAGGAGGGACUUAAUCUGCCCUCAACUCUUCCUCUCACUAAGGUCGAGGAACAGGCUCUAAAGCGAGUUCGGAGAAAGAUUCGAAACAAGAGAGCUGCUCAGGAAAGCCGCAAGAAGAAGAAGGUGUAUGUAGGAGGGUUGGAGAGCAGGGUCUUGAAAUACACAGCCCAGAAUGAGGAGCUGCAGAACAAAAUACAAAUUCUAGAGGAACAGAAUCUGUCCCUUCUAGAUCAACUGAGGAAACUUCAGGCCAUGGUUAUUGAGAUAGCAAACAAAACCAGCAGCAGCAGCACGUGUGUUCUGGUCCUACUGUUUUCUUUCUGCCUUCUUCUUGUACCUGCUAUGUACUCCUCUGACACAAGGGGGAGUGUGCCAGCUGAGUAUGUUGGGUUGCGCCGUCAGCUUCGUGCCCUCCCCAGUGAGGACCAUCGUCAGGCCAAGCUACCUGCCCAUCGGUCAAAGGAUAGCACAAACCAGCUUCUGAGUAGCUCAGAGCAGAUGCUCCAGGCCUCCAGCAAUGCUUCCUGCCUCCUACACCAAGAGCCUCAGGCAGAGCCACCCCUGCACUCGACACUCCUUGAUCUUUCCUUAGAGACCCCCUUCUCAGGCUCCAACCAUCCCCUGCAGGCAAAUAUUUCAAAGAAAGGGGGGUGGCUGCCUACCCAUAGCCCUUCUUCUGUCGUCAUGCUGGGCAGAUAUUCAUGUUAGAUCUGAGAUGUGGGGUACUCUCAGUCUGAGGAUUCAUGUCUGUAUUCAUAUAAAAAGGAAUGGGGAAAAGAGCUGGCCUCUGUUCCUGUGCCCUAUUAGGGUGCUUGGGAACUCAAACACACCACACUACAGUUUUAUGGGUCUUUUAUUUAUACCCAUGUGUAUCUGUUGUUCCAUGAAUAGACUUGGAGAAAUUUA